AUGUCGGACCUCAACUCUUGGGAAGAUGACCCCGCCGCCCAAGACGACAAUCUGUCUCGGCAGACACAGCAGAUGAACCUCAACAAUGCGAAUCCCCAGCAAGGGCAAGGAGGGGGCUUCCGACCGGCCGCUGCAAAUGCAAACACUUUCCAGCCAGGCGCACAAUCAUUCCAGCCUGCACAGAACUUCCCACAAUACGGUGGGGGCGCAGGCGCAGCCGGAGGAUAUAAUCAAAACUACUACAACAAUCAAGGGGCCCAAGGCCAGGGCCAGGGCUAUGGCUACAACCAAUAUGGCGCCCAGCAAACCGGUUACAAUCAAUAUCAAGGAGGCUACAACCAAGGCUACAACAACCAAGCUGGCUUCAAUCAAGGCUAUUGUGAGUACUCAGACACAUUCCCUGAUUUUGUAGCACAACAACAAUACGCUGGCUAUUCUCAACAGCCACAAGCAGCGCCUGCUCCUGCACAACAAGCUCCGCGACAAACCCCAACAAUUGCGAAGCGACCAGCAGAUGGCUCGUCAGGGGACUUAAACAAGCCGGUGACGGUAAAGGAUGGAGCGCCAAAGGUGCUGAGUAUCGGAGGAGAUGCGCCGAAGCCUAAAGCCAAGAUUCUCUCAAUAGGCACACCAGUAGCGAAGAAGGAAACACCUCCAACCGCUGUAGAAGGAGCGAAAGUUACCGCGGCCAAGGCGAUCGAGAAAACGGACAAGAAGGAUGGAGAAAGCGCAAAAGCAUCCGGAAACACUUCACCCACCCCUUCCUCUGGUCGAUCUAGUCCCUCCAGGGCUACUGCCAAAGCAGCGGCUCGUGAAGUGGACGCGGUUGAGAAAGAACAGGCGGCGGAUGUAGAUGAGGAGACCCUGAAGGAAAUCUACGGCAAGGAGCACGUCAACAUCAUUUUCAUCGGUCACGUCGAUGCCGGUAAAUCGACACUGGGUGGUUCGAUUCUAUACGCUACGGGAAUGGUGGAUGAGCGAACCAUGGAAAAGAACAAAAAGGAGGCUAAAGAAAUGGGUCGUGAGACAUGGUAUCUAUCAUGGGCUUUGGAUCUGACCAAGGAAGAGCGAUCAAAAGGGAAAACAGUCGAAGUAGGACGAGGCUUCUUCGAGACAGAAAAGCGCAGAUACAGUAUUUUGGAUGCCCCUGGACACAAGACAUAUGUGCCAAGUAUGAUUGGUGGUGCUUCACAAGCCGAUGUUGGUAUUUUGGUCAUCAGUGCCCGAAAAGGAGAGUACGAGACUGGAUUCGAGAAGGGAGGACAAACCCGAGAGCAUGCUAUGUUGGCAAAGACGCAAGGCGUCAACAAGCUGAUUGUGGUCAUUAACAAGAUGGAUGAUCCAACGGUCGAGUGGUCUGAGAAGAGAUAUACCGAGUGCACAACGAAACUCGCCCAAUUCCUGAAGGCAACUGGAUACAACCUAAAGACAGACGUUUUCUUCAUGCCGAUUGCCGCUCAACAAAGCAUGGGUAUCAAGGAUCGGAUCCCCAAAGGUGUGGCACCUUAUUAUGACGGGCCUUCUUUGCUCGAAUACCUAGACAACAUGAAGACACUCGAACGCAAGGUCAACGCCCCAUUCAUGAUGCCAAUCAACGGCAAGUACCGAGAUAUGGGUACCUUGGUGGAAGGCAAGAUCGAGUCAGGCGUUGUCAAGAAGCAAAUGUCUUUGAUUAUGAUGCCGAAUAGGGACAAGGUUGACGUGGCCACUGUUUACGGAGAGACUGAGGAAGAAACCAAUGCUGCACAAUGUGGAGACCAAGUGCGAUUACGAUUGCGUGGAAUCGAAGAAGAAGACAUCCUUCCAGGGUUCGUUCUAUGUUCACCGAAGCGUCUCGUACACUGCGUUGUCGCUUUUGAAGCCCAGAUCCGGGUUCUGGAAUUGAAGACCAUCUUGUCUGCCGGCUUUAACUGUGUUAUGCACGUUCACUCGGCUAUUGAAGAGGUUACGUUCGGCGCAUUGCUUCACAAGUUGCAAAAGGGAACAAAUAGAAAGAGCAAGGUGCCACCAUCGCAUGCUAAGAAGGGUGACAGCAUUAUCGCACGAAUGGAAGUGAUUGGUGGCGCAGGGUCUGUAUGUGUGGAAAAGUUCGAGGACUAUCCGCAGUUAGGACGAUUUACUCUUAGAGACCAGGGACAAACGAUUGCAAUUGGUAAGAUCACAAAAUUGAUUUCAGCAGAGGAUGUUGCUGCGGCGAACGCAUAA